CAGAGCGCGAGGAGGAGCAGCUCCAGACCUUCCUACCUGAACAUGUUGACCUGAAUCCAAAAUGGAUGAGAGGACCAACAGCAGUUUGGGUCUUCCCGACGACUUCCUGUCCGGCGACGUCCUGGACUACGAGAUUCCUCCGGACGAUAUCCCGGACACCACGCAGGGCCAGGCCUUCUUUGUGGCCACCAUCGUCAUCGCGGUGGUCCUGGUGGGCAUCAUGUUGGUGUGCGGUGUGGGGAAUUGUCUGUUCAUCGCCAGCCUUGCCCGCUACAAGCAGCUCCGCAACCUCACCAACCUGCUGAUCGCCAACCUGGCCGUGUCGGACGUGCUGGUGGCGGCGGUGUGCUGCCCCUUCCUGCUCGACUACUACGUGGUGAAGCAGCUGUCCUGGGAUCACGGGCUACUGCUCUGCGCCGCCACCAACUACCUGCGCACCGUCUCCCUCUACGUGUCCACCAACGCUCUGCUGGCCAUCGCCGUGGACAGAUACAUGGCCAUCCUCUACCCUCUGAGGCCUCGUAUGAAGCACCAGACGGCGUACUGCGUCAUCCUGACAGUCUGGAUCGUCCCCAUCUUCAUCUCCAUCCCCUCGGCCUUCAUGUUCUCCGAGACCAAGUACCCCCACAAGGAGGGUCGCUCCCACAAGACCUUCUGUGCUCAGAUCUGGCCCGUGGACCAGCAGGUUUACUACCGCUCUUACUUCCUGCUCAUCUUCGCCCUGGAGUUCAUGGGCCCGGUCACUGUCAUGGCCGUUUGUUACAUCCAGAUCUCCAGGGAGCUGUGGUUCAAAGAUGUCCCGGGUUUCCAGACGCAGCAGAUCCAGAAGCGGCUGCAGGGUCGACGGAGGACGGUGGUGGUGCUGAUCUUGGUGCUGAUCGCCUACAUCCUGUGUUGGGCGCCUUAUUACGGUUUCGCUUUGCUGAGGGACUUUUACCCCACCCUCAUAUCCAGGGACAGGAACUCCUUAGUGGUCUUCUACAUCAUCGAGUGCAUCGCGAUGAGCAACGGGGUCAUCAACACCCUCUGCUUUAUGAGCGUACGCAACAACACCAAGCGUCUGAAAAAGGCGGGAAAGUUCCCUCUGAGGCUGGUGACUUUCGUGCCGGCCAAGUCUUCGGUCGAAACCGAGACACAGACUUUGUCUCUCAGAGUGACGGACGACACAGAGGGAGCUCGACUGAAGCAGGCGUCAAUAUAGGACAGCACACUGGAACUCCUUAAAUAUCCAGAAUCUCAUCAAAGAGAUGCUAAAAUGAGAUCAUUCAAAGCCGUCCCAACCAGAGAUGGUGGUUCCUCGAAUCGAGGCCACUUUUGACAACGUUCAACAGAACAAUCUGAGCUGUCAUUGGAAACUGUUUGGAAAAGGCACUCUUAAAAAGACUUGUCAGGUGAUUGGAUGAACCAGUUGUCAAUCAAACUCUUGAGGAAGUCAAUUGGAAGACUCAAAACCAUCUUUCUUAUCGAGGAAAGCCUUCAGUGCCAUUCUGUGUUCGUAUAUUAAUGAAUAAAUACCACCACUGUUGUUUUGGAUGAACAGUCGCCGCUCUGUGUUGCGUCGCAUGGAGGACUCUGAUUGGCAAAUGCAUUGGCUGAAGCAAGAUAGGUGUGAUGUGGCCCCGGCUGUGGCGCAACUGGCUGGGGCACCUGCACCGUACGCCGGCGACCCGGGUUCGAUUCCCGACCCGUGGUCCUUUCCGGACCCCAUAUCCGAUUAAAGGCAAAAGGCCCCCAAAAAAUAACUUAAAUAAUAAAGAUAGGUGUUGUGAUGUUGCAAGAAUCCAGAUGCUGGUCAAGGUGUGUGAAGACCUGUUUCUGAAAGCUACAGGCACAUAAGGGUUGGUUUUUCUUCAAGCUAACAUGUUCCAGUGAUCUCAUGGAGGAUGCAAACCAGUGAUGGAAGAAAUACAUUUAUAUUUCCCCGUACAGUUUGUGCUGAGAAACGUGCGUCAUGUAUGAGACCCUCUGAUUUAGGUUAUGUGUGAUUUACGAGCAGAGCUGCUGGCUGAAAUAGGAUAUAAAUCAGAGAGCGCGGUCUUUAAUAAUAAAGACUCCGUCAGCCAAUCACAUCAGUGGCGUCAUCACAGCCGAGCCAAUCACAGAGAAGCACCACAACGAUGAUUCAACAAAAAGGAAACAGGCCGUCACGUCGUUGUCCUGUUGAUUUAGAGCAACAUAAUGCACGUCUGCAGCAAGUGGGGGUUUAUGAUUUAACUUAUACAAUAAAGAUAAAAUGAAUAUAAUGACUAAUGUUGAGAAGACGUUUAUAAUUGCAUCAACUCUCAGUUUGAAUUCUAUUGUAUCUGACUUCAUUGUAUUUUUAAAAAUGAGACACAGCAGUUUUUACACAAAAAAAGAAAGCCUGAAAUUCCACUUUUGCAAAGAAGUGUAAAGAAGUCAUGUCUUUAGGUUUCAAAUUCAGACCCGUAAUAAAAUGGAAAGGUUACUCGUUAUUUAAGGUUAUAUUCAGGUACAGUUAAAGUGAUAUCAUACUUGAAAUACUUUAUGUUAAAGUCAUUCAUUUAGAGGAAAUGUUAGUAAAUGUAGUUAUUGUGCAGUAAGGUUGGCAGUGUCUAAAUGUUUUAAAUAUCAUGUUUUUGGGAUAAAUAUGCAUUAAUGUUACAUUUAAUUACUGAAGAUGUUUAUGUAAAGUUGGGUAUUUUUAUCUGAAGCAAUGCAUCAUAUUGUCAAUACCAGUGGUUCUCAAAUGAGGGUACGCGGACCCCUAGGGGUACGUGGAAUACUGCAUGGGGUACAUGACAUUUAUUUUGAAUGUUAAUAAAAAGAAAACAUCAGGUUGUGCAUAAAUCCAAAAAUUGCAGGUUUUUCAAAGAAGAUGAUUAAGGCCACAUGAGUUAGAGUUACAGUUUGAAAAGUCAGAAUUUUGAAAAAAUAAUCGGACAUUUUGAAAAGUCGACAUUUAGAAAACAUUUCAGAAAAGUAUACCUAAUACUUGGCUGCAAUUAUUUUUUAAAGAGGUACAUUACGGACAAUAGUUUGAGAACCACUGCCCUAUAUCUUCAUAUGUGUGCAGCUUUGUUCUGUGAGAUACACAAAUCUCUACAAAGUCAACUUGCCAUGAUUUGCAUGACGUAAAACCUCCCUGUUUUCAGAUUUCUGAUGAAGAAUUGUCCAGCUGAUCCAAGAAGGUCAAUUGGAGAUUAAAAAAGGGACAAUUUCCCCAAGAAAUAAAGAAACAUUUCAACCUCCCUCUGCUUCUUAAUGUUAGUCAUGGUCUGGUAAGAUGAAACAUUGCCAUUUUUUCUGCAGGAAAGGAUGAGGUGAAACAGGAAGUGGUUUGAUGUUGAGGGUAUGGGUUAACACUCCCUGCUUGUUAAUAAUACAUGUGGUGACGUCUCUGUGACGCUCUCUGGAUCCAUCUAUCCUCUACUCUAUCCACUACAGCAGGGAGGUUUGCAGAUGAUGAGUUAAAAUAUUGAGAUUCAGAUUGACAAUUCAACAUACACUAUAGUGUAGUGCCUCGGCCCUUAGUUCCAGUGAAGGGGAUUCUUAAUGCUGUCAUUCUGGACUAUUCUAUGCUUCCUACUUUGUGGAAACAGUUUGGGGAAGACCCUUUUCUGUUCCAGCAUGACUGUGCCCCAGUGCACAAAGCAAGGUCCAUGAAGGCAUGGCUGGAUGAGUUUGGUGUGAAGAACUGGACUGGCCCGCACAGAGCCCUGACCUCAACCCCACUGAACACCUCUGGGAUGAACUAGAACGGAGAGCCGGGCCCUCUCGUCCAACAUCAGGGUCUGACCUCACAAAUACUCUCCUGGAUGAAUGGGCAGAAUUCCAACAGACACAGUCCAACAUCUUAUAGAAAACCUUCCCAGAAGAGAGGAAGCUGUUACCACUGCAAAGUGGGGACCAACUUCAUAUUCAUGCCUAAGAAUUUGGCAUUUGGGUGUAAUAUGUAGGUGUCUCAAUACUUUUGUCUAUAUAGUGUAUGUAUGAUAAGUAUUUUUAUAUAUAUAUAUAUAUAUAUAUAUAUAUAUAUAUAUAUAUAUAUAUAUACCAGCUUCAACAUGAAAGAGAUGAACACAUUAUUGCAUCAAUAGAUAUCAUUUGA